CCAACUCCCAACAUUCCCAACCCAACAACAGUGGGACUGUACUGUGUGGGGACGUCCCGUCCACUCGUGUGGGAGAUGUGAUGUGACUGACGUGAGGAUCGCGAAAUUCGCGAUUCGCGACGCGAUCACCCGCGUGACGGUCGUCCGAUCGCGUCUUCUCGAUUGGACAGGGUCGCUCGCUCUCUCGUGCAUUCCCCGUAUCGCGUCGCAAACGUUCCCGAUAAGCGGCGACGAUACCAGCCGGAGCUGUCAUGCCUAUUAUCAUGAUAAAUCGAUCGAGAUAAUGAGACAUAACGAUUCGUCAGAUGUGUGGACGACAAGGCGCCAUGGAAAUGCGAGCCGUGUAUGACUAAUAUGAGUCAUUUUGCUAUUGAUUCCUGUAUACAUUCAAAGAAUUCUAGGCUCUUCAAAAAAUGAGUCCAAUCAGAAUUACCACUGCGGACAGUCUCGAUUACCGUUACAUACCCAUCACAAAAAACAGCGUUAGUUUAGGCAUUAAAGCUAGCCACGAUGCAAGGAUUGCCUUACGGACACACCUCGGGGGUGACUCCAAUGUAUAUGAGAUUAUUAUUGGUGGAUGGGGAAACACUAUGUCGGCGAUAAAAAGAAAUAAUACCGAACCAGAUGUGGCAGAAGCAGACACCAGGGACAUACUGAACCCUGAUGAGAUAUGUGAUAUUUUCAUACAAUGGUCUUGCGAUGGACUAUUAAGUGUUAGCCGCGAAGAUGAUUUUGAUAUGCCGUUCAUGUCGUAUAAAGACAGAAGCCCAUUUGUCAUAAAUUAUAUAGGAGUUAGUACUGCUUGGGGUGCAACCGGGGAAUGGAUAAUUGAAGAAUGUCAGUUCACGUCACCCGCCAUCAGGCAGCAACUGAUGGACACGUGCCACUUCUGGGUGGACUUUAACGAGGCGUUUGGACUGCCUCGGAACGCGGUAAUGGCCUCCGAGGACGGUUUGUACAUCGGCCGAGCGCAUCAUCAGGGCACAGUGACACCGGGCGGCAUUCGCGACAACGUCUGCACGCUCGCCUGGGGCGGCAAUGCCCACGAGAAGCGAGAAUUCCAGGUGCUGUGCGGCAAGGACGUGAACUGGGUGAAAUCCUGGGAGGGUAGCGUGCCUCUACACGCUUUACCUGCCGGCGAAACCGAGGAUGGUUACGCUCUGUUCGUCGGCAGGGUAUUGCACGAGGGUAUCUAUCACAUCGGCAAGAUACAACCGAAUCACCAAGUGUGUUAUAUACCGCUGAACGGCCAGGAAAUGCCCUACCUCGAGUACGAAGUAUUGGUCAUACAUGACAACUACGGGGUCGAAUGUAUUGGAAGGUAAAGCGACGGACGGCUUAGAGACAGAAUGUAUUUAUUUUUCCACGAGAUGAAAUAUUUUCCGCAUGCUAUAGUUAAAUGCGAUCGAGCCUCUCUAUAAAAUUUCAAUUGGAGUUGAUAUUUAUAUUCAUGUACACAUCAAUUAUUCAUAAUUCAAGAUAAUUUAUAACAUGUUUUUUAUGAAUACAAAAUAUUGCGAAUGAUAUUACUUGAUAUCAUUAGUGAGACAGAUAUUGAUCUUUUGAGGAUUACAUUUUAACUUGAUAUUCACUAAAAAAAAAUGUAAAGAUAUAUUUCUUGGCAAUUUUUUAUCCCAUAAAAUUGGUAUAAUCUAAUGACUCCAAUUGAAAACAUAAAAGUAGAUUAAAUCGCCCAAGUAUUAACAGUGAGUCAUGGGGAAUUGGUCAGAAUUAAGAGAAAUCAUUUGCCGUAAGUACGUUUCUUGGCAUCAAUUUUUAUCAAUUCUCGCCAGUUCCAAACGUAAUCUAUAUGCAAUUGUAUGAUGAUUAUAUAUUGACCUCAAUAUGAAUUAAUUGUAACUUGUAGUCUAUUACAAUGUGAGCGCAAUUCAAAGACAUAUUUUUUUAUGAAUACCGUACGGAAAAUUGUUGCAAAUGGUGUUGGUUCCAUUCCUAUACACAAACAGGCUAAUAUAUAUUUAAACCUGAUAUUAUUUGUACAGACACUAAUUAGCAAGUGUAAAUAGUAAAAUGAUAUUUAGCUACUAAAAACUUAUUAUUUAGUUAAGGAUAGAAAAAGACCACAGAUAAUUCCGAUUAGUUUAUCGUAUCCUAUUGCCAGACUAUACAUAUAUUAUAAUAAGUAACAGUAUUAAAUUAUUGCGAAAUUUACUUUCUGCACAUAAAAGAGAGAGAAGAUACUUAUCAGUUUAAUGUUAAUUCUGAAAAUAUUUGAUAUUGAUUUAUGGAUCUUUUAAUCUUGAGAUGAUGAAUAUGAGACGGAGAAGCUAGUUGUAUUAUACUUGUUUAAUUUAGUGACUACUCAGGGUUUUACAAUUAUAAUCCACAAAUGACGGCCAAUUUAAGACGUAAAACAGAAACCUAAUAUUUUAUCUAUGAUAUUGUGAUAUGAUAAUAAGCCGACAACAGAACGACGCGAACCAAAAGAAGCACUCACAUUGAUCUAGGACAAUUUAAUGGCGAGUGUUCAUACAGUAUAUUAAUAUCUGUAGUAUACGUUUCUCUUUGCGCUGAGCAUUUUUUUUUCUUCUUUAUUACACACAACAUUACACAAACGCUCAGAUGUUACAUAAGAUAUAUGCGUUAUUACGAGCAAGGCUGCACAAAUUUAUCUAGAACGAUUUUUAUUAAUUAAAGUAAAGUAAAAGUGCUAUUUCGAUGAGAGAGCACAAUUCUACUUUCCUAUCUCUGUUAUCUGUGUAUAAAAAAAUAUACGUAGCUUGUAAUAUAACAAGUGAAAUUAAUGGUGUAAUUAAAACGCGAUGUAAAUUUCUGCGAAGCAUGUAGGUACCGCAACGAGCGUACUGUAGCAUACGAUUCAUAGAGUAGCGAAAUUUUUAUGUAAUUUAUUACACGUAUGUAAUAAAUUUGUAGAAAUUCAAUGUGCAGAAUUAGUUUCUGUCUUUUAUAAAUGAAAAUUUAUAGGGGAUAGAGUAUAUGGCUAAUAGUUUUAAACUUCCUUCAAGCGCUUGAAAGAUGAAAAAAAAUCUUCAAUGGACAAGAAGAUACAGCGAAAGUCUUUCCACAUUAAUCUUUUGCGAUUAUAGUUAUGUAUUAGAAUGUUUUCCGUAACGUAACAUUGUACAUCUUGAAAAUAUUAGAAGUAGGACAAGAUGUUGAAAGCCUCAAAAGGGUUCUAAACACAAAAACGUUUUUAGAACAAACGUUACAAGUAUUAAUUUCUCUCUAGAUGGAAGGUAUCUUCCAGAUACCAGAUUCUUUGUAUGUAUAUACCAUAAUAUAUGUAUAUUACGCAUACGCAGUGAUGCUACAGUAAUUUAUCAUGUCAUUGUUGCACAAUGUAAGUAUUAUUUCCUCUCAAUAUAUAUUGCGCAAUCAUACCACAA